GACGUCAAAAUUCUGAUCUCCUAAUCGAUACGGCCACCUGAUUUCACGUGUUAAAGAUUUCAAUGAGCUCAGUUUCUAGUUUGCAUUUGAGGUCGAUUCUGCUGUACACCCAGUUUAAAUCAUACACAGUGCUCUUCUCUCUAGGAGCAGUGAUCGUGAAUUGUCAGUCAUUGAUCAACUAGACAAACCCAGGCUCAAUUUUCAGAGUGUUUCAGACAGUUGGGGGAAGGCAGAAUACCAUUGCAAACAUGCCUUUGAAAGAUUAUGAAGCUCUAGUUGGGAGCACUGCUGGAAUUGUUACAGUAGCAUCUUUUUUUGCACCCGCGUUUAUUUGCAAAACUGUGAUAAAGAAAGGAAGCACAGAAAAUGUUGAUCCGAUGCCUUUUAUUGGUGGUAUGAGCAUGUCCAUACUCAUGCUGCAGCAUGGACUGAUUCUCAAAGAUCCAGCAAUGAUCCCCGUCAAUGUUUUUGGAUUUAUUUUGAAUCUGAUAUACUUCUCUAUCUACUAUCAUUAUUCGACUGAGAGGGGGCAGUUAUGGUUGACACUUGGAAAAGCUGCCACUUUUGUUGCUGUUUUAAUCGGUUACGCUCAAUGGGAAUACGAGCAUAAAGUUGAAUUUAGGUUUGGUCUUAUCACCACCUCCAUUAUGUUUGCGUUAAUAUCUGCUCCUCUUUUAUCGUUGGGUGAAAUAAUUCGCACCAAAAACUCAGCUUCACUACCAUUCCCACUCAUUGUUUCUUCACUAUUUGUCACAUCAUUGUGGCUUCUUUAUGGAAUAAUCAUCGAAAACAUAUUUGUGCAGUUCCAGAACGCUGUUGCCUUCCUCCUGUGUCUUGGUCAGCUCAUCCUUUGCAUUAUCUACCCCGCCAGAGAUGACAGUAAGGAUAAAGCUAAAAAGGCUGAAUAAUCAGCAGUCAAGACGUUCUCUUGUUGCUAAAUGAUUGUGCGCCCAAGUCCCUGAUGUUACCACUCAUUUGUUGGUGCUUUUGAAGCAGUUGUGAUUCCAAGAAUUCUCCUUGUUAAGAAAUGGUUAUAUUUUUUUAAUGUUGUAUGUGUUAUGUCUGCUAUUAGACUUAUUUUUUUAUCGAUUAUUAGAAAUUUUACCUCAUACAAGUGUUUGAAUCUAAUUUUUUUUCUCAUGUAAGAUCAGUUUAAAUUUGUCUGGUCUGGUCAGUUUGAAGAUAGAACUUUGAAUGGAGAUAGAACUUGCAUCAGAUAAGUCAGCAGUUGUUUACUUUCCGUACUUUAUUGAAAGAAACAUGGCAAUGUCUCAAGGCUCAUAAAGCGUUCUUCCUUAGCACAACAUAAUAGUGAUCAAGGCUUGACCGGGUGCGAAGACAACACCGUGCCAUCACUGGGUGCAGAUAUCAAAAGUCAAUACCCUCCUCUGAUGGCUGUCAGAAGUAAACAACUUCCAAUGUAUCUGAAGCUAGUUCACCUCCAAUGAAGUUUUGAAAGACGCCGAAAAAAUAGUAGAAAUGUUGCAGAGGUUUCUUAGGGAUUCAGAGUUGUCUCAUCCUCCACCCAUAAAGAUUUCUGGCUGCGCUGCGCAUAGUUGAAACUUUAGGGAACCCUCUAAAUGCAUCAAUAAUAAAUCUUUGAACAAUACAAGAAUUCUUUUGAACCUAGCACGAUAACCUUGCUGAGGAGCUCAGAUUCAGUAGCUAGAUAGGUAGUAACCACUUGUAAUAGUUCGGAUUUUAAAGAGUCCAGUCGAGCAGGAAAAAUAUUUUGUACUCGAACACCUUGCAGAUUUUCAACUUUUAACCCCUUUACCUCAAUUUCUUUGCCUAGAAGAAGUGUUUUGUUGUCAUUUGUUGCCUGAGCAAUAGCUAAAUAAUCGCUGAAGCAAGUUAACUUAGGUUUAAACUCUUACCUCAGUAGAAAUUUAUCUAAAAUAAUAAAGUAUACUUUGCUUCAAAAGAUGUGUUUUAAGAUUGCCAGUGUGCAUUAGUCUGUGGUCCUCUUUAGUUUGCCUGUAAAAUUAAAUUUGAUGUAUACUUUGUGCCAUCGCCAAUCAUAUUUUUCUUGCAAAGUCCUUUCUACUUAAGUCUUGCCUCAUUUGAGAGUAGUUAUACCCCUCUAUUUUUAUAAUUCGUAUUUUUUUCUGUGGGUGUGUAGAAAAUAUAUUUUAGAUCAGAGUGCAAGAAUGUGCAUGAAAUUUAUAAGGAGAAGAGAAAACGAUUUUUGGUCAGUGACAUGGGUGGAACUAGGAGGGAGCGGGGGCCGGAAUCUCCCUCCCCCCUCUAGAAAUCUACCAGGUCCAAUCCAGGAAAUAGGGGGAUAAAAAUCUGCCACGUCCAAUCCAGAAAAUAGGGGGAUAUUUCUAAGUAAGUGCUUGACAUAUCUUUCACCUUUGAUUCUGUACUUCAAACAACUUUUCAGUGAGAACCGCUCCAAAUUUCCUUUGAGUGGACUUGAUGUUUCAAAAUUUUCUCGGAAAGAGCCCCCCUUUUGGAGCUGAGGAAGCCCCCCUGAACCCUCUCUGAAACUGGGGAGCCCCUCCAGACCCCUUAGUUUUUCUGUGCCCUCUAGAUCCCCGCCCCUUAAUGAGGUGCCCCUCUGGCCCUCCUGACCACAAGAAGUUCCUAGUUCUGCACAUGGUUAAUUUUAUUAUUGAUCAUUGUAUCAUUCCAGAAUUAACUUCUCUCUUUUUUCAUUGUAUUUUCCAUAUGAGCAAACGUAUUUAAAUCUACCUCAUGCUGCAAUAACAGUUGGUUUGUUAAGAAGUUGGUUUUUAUAAAUAUCUUCAGAUGAAAAUGAGUCCCAAAUAUAGACAAAUAAAUGUUUUAUGUUCUGUAUUUAUUUGUCAACACCCGAGUAAAAAUUGAAACAUUAUCAGACAGUUUUGAAUGUUGCAACAUAGAAGAAAGUUGAAUGUAAAAUGUUGUCUGCAUUUUUCCAUUUUAAUUAGUUUGAUGGAAGGCGAUCAGCUGCUUAGGCUAAUUACGCUGGACCUAGUAAUGUAUUUUGAGUAAAAAUAUAAAUAUAUUACAUAUAUGUAUUCCCCAGCCAAAAGUUUUCAUGAAAAAGUAACUUUUUCAUUACUCUAAAAAUGACUUACAAUCUACUUAAAAAUUCGUCAUCUUAAUGUUUUUACUCUUUCAAUAAUACUAACCGAUAUUGAUUGGUUUCCUUGGUCUUGCUGCCGUGCCGAGGGAAAACCCAGUGUAAGCUUUUGUGAAUUGUCAAAUUUCCUUAAAAUUGUAAUGAUUUUUAAGAAAAUUAGGUAUUCAUAUUUUUCUUUGAAAUUUUUGUGGCAACCCAGAAUAAUUUGCAGUUAGAAUUCUCCAAGGAAUUCAAACAAUAAAAUUAAGAAGCUUUUGUUUAGGAAAUUCGAAUUGUACCAGAAAAAAUUUGGUAAUACCUGAAGAUUCACAAGGCAUUUUUCCACAGCAGGUUAGCAUAGACUUGCCUAAUGGUCUACCUUUAAAAGUUUGACAAUAUUUAGAGGUACCUAAUUUAUAUAGAUUUUAAGUAUUAUAAAAUCAUGUAGUUAAAAAAUUCUAAGUUAAGUUGAAAAUGUUAUUUUCAAAUUCCCAUUUUACUGUGAUCAUUUAACAUACUACUACCUACGUGAGAGACAUGUUAAGAUUUCUUUGACCAUUCAUUUAAAUGGACAAACAGACUGCAUCAUGAAAUAAGGAGUUACUAAUAUCGACUCAAUGUAGAAAUUAUAUUUAUGCCAAUAUUUUCUCUAUGUAGUUAGGUGCUUUUAUGGAUGAGCUAGAAAUACCUCCUUUAUUACAAAAUGAAGUCCAAUUUUUCAAGGAUAAAAAAUGUCUUUAAGAGCUCAAGUUACAUGCUAAUGCAGGAAUACUGGGCAAAAAAGUGUACGAGUAAUGUUUGAUUUUAUUUUAAGAUACUUGUUGUUAUAUGAGCAUAAUCAAUCGCUAUUUUCUUAAAAAUUUGUUUUGCUUUACUUCAUGAUCCCAAUUUGGUAUAACUGAGAUUUUUGAUGUGUUAUGAGACCCAGAUGAGUUAACUCAAUUUAUUUUCCCUCUAUGCCAUAUGAACGUUUUUUAUUAUUAUUAUCGCCUCUUAUUAUUUUAAAAAACAAAAUAAACAAAAUUUAUUUUCAGUUCA